GUCACUCAAAAUACAAGAUGGCGACGGAAAUAGCUGGCUUUCGGACGUUGAGAGUGAAAUUUGAMAAAGAUUGUUCUUCCUAUCAUGUGUUAUACUAUAAAAGACAUACCACAAGAGAAGAAGACACAGCAAGGCCUCCUGACAGAACAUUAUUUGUCGUCAAUGUCCCGCCAUAUUGCGAUAAGGCUUCCUUAAGAAGAUUAUUUGGUAAAUGUGGCGACGUUAAAAGUGUGUUUCUUAUGAAACAGCCUGGAAAAGCCAAGAAUGCCAAGAAAUCGACUGUAAUCCGUGGAAAUCAAGAGAUAAAAGGUUUUAAAGUCUGUUAUGUUGUAUUCAAAUCACCAUCAUCAGUGGACGGAGCAAUGGCGUUAGAUGGUAAAGAAGAGCAAGUCUUGUCUGACGAUGAUAAACCAAURCAGACAGGAAUGGAAAAAUGGUGCCAAGAAUAUUCAUUCCAAUAUCCAAAUCUAGCAAGGAUUCGGGAUGAAGCWGACAAAUUUAUGGCUAUUUUUGACCAGGAACAGGAGAAGGCUAAAUUAGCAGAGGAGGAGUCAAGAGGUCAACCUGAUGAAGAUGGUUGGAUAACAGUAGGCAAAGGAGGACGAAAGCCUGCAGCUUCUCAAAUGGAUGUUGCUGAUAUAAAGGAAAAGAAAAAGAAGAAAAAACAGCAGGGGGUGGUAAACUUUUAUCAGUUUCAACAAAGAGAAACAAGAAGAGAACAUAUUGCACAAUUAAGGAAAAAGUUUGAAGAGGAUAAGAAAAAAAUUGCAGACUUGAAAGCAGCAAGAAAAUUCAAACCAUAUUAAACAAUUUUUUAAAG